GCACGGGCUCGCGCGGUACGUGCCCGACAGCUCGCCCCGAACGCGGCCGCCGGCGGACCAGUCCUGACGACGACCUGCAGCUGCAGCACGAAGAGACCCGCUGUGCGAGCCGUUGGGACCGCGACUGAGGAGUCUGCGAAGGAGCUGCCAAGGCGGUCUCACCCGCUGCCGCGCUUUCUCGAAAAGGAAGGAGGCGUCACACCCGCGAUGGCAUCACGGCAGGCCUCAAAGCCGGCAUCACAGCCGAAAUCGCGGCCGACGUCACCGCCAGGACAACCGGCGGUACCACGGCCGGCACCAUCGCCAAUACCUCCGCCGGUACCACGGCCGGCACCAGCACCCGGAGGAUCGCCGGCGCCGAAGCCUACGGCGACCGUGCCAAAUACCGCAAUGGCCGGAAUGCCGGUGGCCGGAAUGCCGGUGGCCGGAAUGCCGGUGGCUGGCAGCUACAUGGAUGCGCUGCGCCCACCCUUCGUCCAAAUGCCGACCCCGGGAUUGGCGCCACCGGCCGUGCCGAUCGUCCCGUGCUGCCCCAGCGGUCUCGAAUACCUGGUCCAGAUCGACCACCUGCUUGUUCACCAAGCUAUAGAGCUCAUGGAAGUGGUGACGUCGUGGGAGAUGCAAAACAGUUACGUCGUCAAGAACACCAUGGGCCAAUUCGUCUUCACGGCGAAGGAGGAGAGCGGCUGUCUGCAACGCCAAUGCUGCGCCAACAUCCGACCGUUUGAGAUGACGCUGCUCGACUACCGCAACGUCCAAGUGCUGCGGCUGUUCCGGCCACUUCGCUGCGACAGCAGGUGCUUCUGUUGCUGGCUCCAGGAAAUGGACGUGCGCGAUGCUUCCAUGGCCAUGAUGGGCUCCGUCCGGAUGGAGUGCUCGAUCAUAUUCCCCAACUUCUCGGUGCUGGACAGCCAGGGGAACGUUGUCAUGCUGAUCAAGGGCCCCUUCUGUACAUCAUCCAUCUGUUGCGAAGACGUGGUCUUUGAAAUCCUAACCACGGACGGCGUCACCAAGCUGGGCGCGAUAACGAAGAACUACACCGGAUUGUGUAGGGAGGCCUUCACCGACGCCGACAACUUCACGGUCACCUUCCCCUUGGAUUUGGACGUGAAGAUAAAGGCCGUGCUGCUCGGUGCGGUCUUUCUAAUUGACUACAUAUACUUCGAGAGUACAACGCGCCGGGACUACAGAAGACGGUCCCGAUCCCGCCUAUUCAGCUAAUGAAAAAAAUCGCCGAUUUUCGAUAUGCGACCCCAAAGACGGCCGGGCUGCCCAGGAAGGCCGCAACCAUGGCAUACAUCGAGGCCUUUGCGCAGUCGACGGCAUGUUUGCGAACAAUGCCCUUUUAGUACACUUCCGUCUAUUCCUGUAUACCUCGCCAAAAGGAUGGCUAUUGUUUUACGAUUUUACCACGAGUUUCUUGCGCGACAUUUAUGCUUGCAGCUUAUUGUUUCGUGUGAUGAUCUUCUGGAAUAAGUCGUUUGCCACGCAUAUUAUCGCACAAGAACCGGAAGAGCACGUUUACAAGGUCCGCGUUAUUUUGCGUGAAUCCUGUUGCCUGUGAUAUAUCUGAAGACGGGCAAUACCUGCCGGCUGCACUGAGCUCGCACAGGAAGUGCAAAAUAAGCAAAGCCUGAUUAUGGCGUAUACAUGUCCCCGUAUAGUGUAGACACAGCUAUAGCGAAGAGCAAACUUUGCUGCUCUAAACAUCGUCACCAGCAGCCCGGCCUUUUUUCUACAGAAAUCUCCACCUAUCCCCAUCCUGCGUCAUCCCAGCCCACGUUCUAAACCUGCAGAUUUCCUCGACUUGUCACUGCAUCUUAUCGCCUACCAACCUUGACUAUAUGUUCUUCCAUUGGACACUCGUUAUAUGCUACAAUAUUGCGUCAACGCUUUAUCCGAGCCCUCCAUCUGACGUUCGCACGAGAUGAAUCUCACCAGAGAGUCGUGAAAACGCCCCAACAAAACUACUCGGCCUAAACCCGAGUCGAAAGCCAGGAAACGUGAAAUUCAGAAAUCGAGAUGAGGACUGGAACUGAGGAUGAGAGCAACAAAUUUCCGAAAGAAGCUUUUCGAAGGCAGCUAUGUGUUUGUCUUAGUGGCCGUGGCGGCUCAGUAACAGCGUGCAACCACAGUGCAAAAGCCAGCGGCAUUCACUACGUUUCAAUGGCGCAGCAGCAGAUGAAAGACAAACGAAGACAAGCUCCGACUUUCAAUUGAAAUUUAUUUUCAAAUACGUAAAUAUAUAUGCACAAAUAUACACGUGUAAAAGCGUAAACCAUCGAUAAUAGAAAUAAAACUACAUAAGCAAUAAAACCAUAAAAUCUAUAAAACUAUUAAAACACUAAAAUCCGCGUAAACAAAGGGUGGAGGCUGCAUGCAAUCAGCAACGUGUCUGCCAGGCCACACACUAGUUGGUCUUUCAGAGAGACAAAACGUUUAAUAAAAUCUUCAGGGGGAGCGGCGGCGAGCGUCAGUGAUCCAUCAACUUCCCCGACAAGAUCUCAAAGGCAAUUCUAUGUGUCAACCGCCGAAUGUCGCGGGCGGAACAAUUGAACGGUGCGCCCAUCGCGACGCAUUUCGCAUAGACACACAUAAACACACCGCAAUCGUGA